CUGCUAUUCAUCUGCAAUCGAGCCAUACGACCUCUGACCUCAUUGCAAAGAUGGCAGAGGUGCCAGACGCCGGCACGGCGCCCAUGGACGUAGAUCCUGCUGCAUCGAUCGGGGAGAAGAUCACCAUCCUACCUGGAUACGCUCCUGAUCUCUCGGCCGCAACAUUCUGCUUGAAGGAGGAAGAUCAUACACUGGGGAACUCGCUGCGGUGGAUGUUGAUGAAAGACCCCGAGGUCGAAUUUUGUGGUUACAGCAUCCCCCAUCCAUCUGAGGCCAAGACACAUCUCCGUAUCCAAAUGUAUGACUCCGUAUCGGUGCUACCCGCGCUUCGCCGCGCCCUCAACUGUCUCUCGGAGGUCUUCACAACCAUCGGAGAGCAGUACCAGACGGCACUUGAUGCAGGUGGAUAUGAAAGGUACGAGGAGAAAGUAAUCGACAAGGCGUGGCUGGAGAAGUUCAAGCAAGAGGGCAUCAAGAAGAAGGCCGAGGAGGAGCGGGUGAAACAGGAGGAGAUUGCUGCAGAGAUUAAGAGCAAGUAGAUAUCAAGGCCGAUGCAUUGCGAGGACUGGCUUCAUAUCAUGUCACAUUGUAGAGCAUUCCCAGCGAGUUCCCGUUUGUACAACAGUAUAUUCAUCGUACACCUCAUCGGCUUCUUCGCCCUGGCCCUGGUCGUAUCUCUCUAGUGGAGGCGGUAGUGGCGCGGAAAGCGUUCCCUGCUUCCGCUGAUGGAUGACCAC